GGGCGGAGGCAGCCCCUGGCCCGAGGCGCGGCCGGAGCCAGGUCUUUAUUUUUUCCAGACUUGGACAGCUUCAAGGAUUUAUCAGAAUGCCUUGUCCCAGCUAAGGAGACCUGGAACCUGACUGUUUGCCUGGUAUAGACCAACUCCUCCCCACUCAACUGGCAAUGACUUUUGCCAGAAAUGAAGAUGUGACCACCAAUAACACGGUUUGUUCAUGAAGGCCAUACCAGCAUCCCGGGAGCAGCAGCAGCCAUGCCUUCCCCAUCCUAAGCCACCCCCCCUCAUCCGUACUGACCUGCAUGGUGUGGGUGCCCUUGGGCCAUCCGAGGACAAAUCGCCUGACCAUCCUACAUACAUCUAACAACAACUGCACAAAGAUGUCUGUGGCGUGGCUGCUGGAUUGGAGCUGGUCACUGGAUGGACUCCGGGACUGUAUCGCUACCGGCAUCCAGUCCGUGCGGGACUGUGACACCAUGGCGCUGACGACGGUGGCCUGCCUGCUGGUCUUGUUUGUCUGGUACUGUUACCACGUAGGCCGGGAACAACCUCGGCCCUACGUCACUGUGAAUUCCCUCAUGCAGAGCGCCGAUGUCAAUGGGCUGCAGAACGGGUAUGUGUACUGCCACUCACCCGAGUGUGUGCGUUGUACCCACAACGACGGACUUAACCAGAAACUCUAUCACAACUUGCAAGAAUACGCAAAACGAUAUUCCUGGUCUGGCAUGGGCAGGAUCCAUAAGGGCAUCCGUGAGCAAGGACGUUACUUGAAUAGCCGGCCGUCCAUCCAGAAACCAGAAGUCUUCUUCUUACCAGACUUACCCACCACUCCUUAUUUCUCCCGAGACGCACAGAAACAUGACGUAGAGCUGUUGGAACGCAACUUCCAGACCAUUCUGUGUGAAUUUGAGACUCUGUACAAAGCUUUCUCCAACUGCAGCCUUCCACAAGGAUGGAAAAUGAACAGCACCCCUAGCGGGGAGUGGUUCACCUUUUAUUUGGUGAACCAGGGGGUGUGUGUUCCCAGGAACUGCAGAAAAUGCCCACGGACGUACCGUUUGCUUGGAAGCCUCCGCACCUGCAUUGGUAACAAUGUCUUUGGGAACGCGUGCAUCUCAGUACUGAGUCCUGGCACGGUUAUCACUGAGCACUAUGGACCUACCAAUAUCCGCAUUCGAUGCCACUUAGGUCUGAAGACUCCCAGUGGCUGUGAGCUGGUGGUGGGAGGAGAGCCCCAGUGCUGGGCAGAGGGCCGGUGCCUCCUGUUUGAUGACUCUUUUCUGCACACCGCAUUCCAUGAAGGUUCAGCAGAAGAAGGGCCACGAGUGGUUUUCAUGGUCGAUUUGUGGCACCCGAAUGUGGCGGCAGCUGAACGCCAAGCCCUUGAUUUUAUCUUUGCUCCAGGACGAUGAGUCCAUCUCUGUUGCUGGCGUGGGUCAGAAGGACAGAGGCCUGGCCUGGGAAGGGCUCUGGCACAGUGUGCCCCUGGCUGAGGUGGCAUUACCACGGACACAAACCUGCCUCAGUGGAAAGCUUUCCUUUGGGAUCAAUGCCAUGUUGGAUUUCUCUCUUCUCUGGUUAUUGUAAAUGGAAGUUUCCAGCUUGUAUUUUCUUAGAUUUGUUUUUUCCCCAAUCAUUUGCUCCAGGGGUUUCUUUUGGACAAAACCCUGCAUUAUUUUGACUCCAUGGCUCUAGAUGCAGUCCCCCUGUUGUGUUAUGUUGCUCCUGUGUUUAGCAGUGUUAAGAUUCAGUUACCACAGGGUUGUUUGUUGAAUGUCAUCAUGUGAAAAUUCUUGUGGUCAUCUUAAAAAACAAAAACAAAAAAAAGACGAGAAACAAAACGAGAGGGCUGCCAAGCUCGGCUUAGCGCCUGCUGCUGUUCUGAUCAUGACCACAGUGGACCCUUUGCCUUCCCCGGGGGCCAAAGGGACACAGCCUCCAGACCCAGCCCCAUUCUGACUUCAUUCCCAGGGCUCAGAGGCCGCUGAGCACAAUGCAUUGGCAGCUUCAGGACCUGGGGACACGGCACUCCUGUGCACCACUCCUAAACUGCUGUUUGGCUGGUGAUGGCAAAGGGCAUUUAGACCGGUGGACCUGGAGACUUUUUAAACAUCACUUUCCUACAGAGCUAAAGCUGGUCCCCUUGGGCGCACUCCUGGCUUCCCGAGGCCCAGGCCCAGAGGGUGUGAUUCUCUUACCUCACUGCCUACAGAAGCCCCACUGCCAAAUCAGGCACAAAGUAUUCCCAGAGUGAGUUCUUUUCAGCCAGCUUGAGAUAAAGGUAGACAAGGGGUAUGAGGAAAAGGAAUCACUUGGUCACUGAAAUUCUAGGAAAGUCCUUCCACAGCAAAACUGGAAUCUGACAUUUGACCAAAGUCUCUGUUCUGCUUUGGGGUCUUGUUGCCUAUGAUUCUCAUUCCUUGUCUGUUGCGUAAAUGUUUGCUCUCUGGCUGUGGCGUGGCCUCUGUGAACAGCCCAGACCCAGGCCGGGCUGCUCAGUUGUCACUGCUAACUGAUUUUGACAUGGUGUAGACUAGCCCCCAAAUCGCUCAUGGCCUCUUCACAGAAGCUCCAGCCUUCUCCGGAGGAUGUUCAGUCCUGCAUCUGGACAAAAGGACCGGAGGCUGGUCUGGCAGGCCAGGGUUGUUUCAUCUGGUUGUUAAGUGGUGAGGAGACAGUCUCCCGUUGAGGGAAGCCUCGGUCACCAGCCGCACUAAAUGCCUUUAUUAAAGAGUGGGUCCUACUUGGAGUAGACAGGGAAGGAGCUAAGUUCCAGCAUAGAAUAACAAGGCACAUUAUCCACUAGAAAAAGCAUGCCAGGGACCAGAUACCUGUGGAACAUUCUGAGCAGAAAGCUGCCAGGAAGAACACACGUAGAACAGUGAACAGGCCCUUGCAUUAAUCACUAGCCAAUGUGCAAAGAAAGUGUUUAAAUAGAAGAAAAAUUUCUAUGCUUUUUUCAAUAAUUAGAUGGUGGGAAAAGGCAGAAAUUUCAAAUACACCUUAAGUAUUUUUACACCUAAGAAAAACUGAGGUGCAUGAUUUCUACACAUGUUGAAUACUCUGGGAUGAGCUGACAAAGCCAACAGUAUUUAUAGGUACCUGGUUACCUGAAGUCAUGUGGAACAAGACAUUAAUA